CCUUUGAGUCAAUUACUCGAAAAAGAUAUUGCUUUUAAUUUUUCUGCUGAGUGCUUGCAGGCAUUUGAGACGUUGAAGAAAGCAUUGGUGAGUUCUCCAAUUUUGGUGGUCCCCGAUUGGUCUCAACCAUUUGAGAUCAUGUGUGAUGCGAGCGAUUUCGCUGUUGGAGCAAUGUUGGGCCAGCGACGUGAUAAGCUUUUCAGAGCCAUUUAUUAUGCGAGCAAGACACUUGAUGGAGCCCAACAAAAUUACACAACCACAGAAAAGGAGAUGUUGGCUGUUGUCUAUGCCUUUGACAAAUUCCGUGCUUAUUUGAUCGGCACCAAGACGAUAGUGCAUACGGACCACGCAGCAAUCAAGUAUCUAUUUGACAAGAAGGAUGCUAAGCCACGCUUGAUUCGGUGGAUUCUCUUACUACAAGAGUUUGAUGUUGAGAUUCGGGAUC